AUGGACUACAUGCACCAAACACCACCAAUGGCCCAAUCACCUUUCUUCUAUUACAACCCAGAGCCUAGCCCGGAGACCAAGCAACAUGGUCACUUCACACCACACCCACACGGCAUGCCCAUGGCUGUUGUGCCUUCCAGCCCGGAAUACAUGAUGCAGCAACAGCAACAGCAAAUGUACCAGCGCCCACACUCGGCGAAUGCGGCUAUGCACUACAAUCCGGCACCAGCAUAUAUCUCCCAGGCCUUGCUGACACCCGUUGCAUCUCCUCGCCCACACAGCCAAAAGCCCACCAUCCUGGUACAGCAUGACAUGCCUUGCUUGAUGCCUUUGAACACCGAGAUGCACGGCUACUUUCCAGGAACGCCAACACUUUCUGCUUCGGGGUCUUUCAGCUCGAUCGACAGUUCACCACAGAGCUGCGGUGUCAUCCCAACACCCAUAAAUGGUGUCUUCUUCCAGCACCCGCAGAUGCCCGUGUACCCCGCUGUGAAAGAAGGGUGCGAGGAGGAAGUCUUCCAAGAAGUGUUGGCUGCUAGCCAAUGGGCACGACAGACUUCGCCUCCUAUGUCCCCGGUCUUUCUUCACCCCGCAUCGGCCGUCGCUCACGAUGGUUCUUACCACCUUGCCGCCGGUUCUUGCCCUUCUCUAUCUCCAUCACCAUCGCCCAUCCCACGUUCUGUGGCAUCGGAGCAGAAUGUAUGCGACCCCCGCAACCUGACUGUUAGCGCUGCUCAGGUGGACUUUUCGUCCAUGCCAACUCUGCUGCCACAACACGAUCUCAAGCCCGAAUUCGUCCACCACGACCACGUACACAUUGCCUCUGCUGAGAUGCUCAACUACGGUGGUCUGCCUGUCUUCGAACCUGUCUUCGACUUGGAUGUUGAGGACGACUUUGGUGCGAUGUCUGCCUACACUGGCGCUGAGAACAUGCACUUCCAUGGCAACAAACGACAACGGCUUGAUAUGGCACCAGUCAUGAUCGAGGAUGAUGGUUUCUUCAGCGAGGAGAGCUACAGCGAUGAGGAAGAGUUUGCCGCUGCUGCAAGCUUCUCGCCCUCGACCUCUGAGUUCUCCAUCCCUGAGCACUCGGCUGCUGCUGUUGACAGGUCGCCACGCAACCGCAAUCCCUGUGACGCGGCCACCCCACGUUCGGCCUCAGCGCGCAACGACUCCACUACCUCAACUUCGACUACGGAUAGCAAUGACUCGGAAGAGCAAAAUGAGUCUGCUGCUUCCACACCCACUGCACAAUCCGGCAGCGCUGCUCGUCGUGGCCGCAAGCAGUCCUUGACUGACGACCCAUCCAAAACCUUUGUCUGCACACUCUGCAGCCGCCGCUUCCGCCGCCAGGAACAUCUUAAGCGUCACUUCCGCUCUCUUCACACCCACGACAAGCCAUUCGAGUGCAAUGACUGCGGCAAGAAGUUCUCUCGCUCUGACAAUCUCAGCCAGCACCAGCGUACUCAUGGUGCCGGCACCAUGGUUAUGGGCGUCCUCUCCCAGCCAGGCGAGCACCCCAUGUCUCAGCCUAUUGAGAGUGUCAACGGUGGCGAGGCCGGUAGCUUGAUCGCGCCCAAGAGCGACCCAUACUCACCUCAGCCCAUGAUGCCUGCGCCGCGCCUCAGCCCUGAUGCUGGCCAGCUCGGCGCCAUGCUCUUCGAUGUCACUGCCAACGUCUCCGGUGGCUCAUCAUCAUCAAGCUCAGGCUACUCGGACAAUGAGGUCAGCCCGUCGCAAGACAGCAAGUCCCAGCAGAAGAAGAGGAAGCGCGGCGACUAA